AUGUUUCUAGUGUUUUGCCUUCACAGGGACUUCUCGGAGGCGGUGUACGAGAAGCUGGCCGACGAGACGCUGGACGCGCUGGUGGAUUUCUUCGAGGACCUGUCGGAUGAGCCCUUCACCGGGGAAGACUACGAUGUUGAAUUCUCUAGUGGUGUGUUGACGGUGAAGAUAGGUGACCAUGGGACCUAUGUAAUCAACAAGCAGACUCCUAACAAACAGAUCUGGCUCUCAUCUCCCACCAGUGGACCCAAGCGCUACGACUGGACCGGAGCUUGCUGGAUGUACACACGCGAUGGUGUCACACUCCACCAGCUUCUCUCCAAAGAGUUCUCGGCCAUCUUUAAAUUGAACAUGGAUUUGUCCACACUGCUUCAUUCGUGAUAACUCUCGGUUUCACUCUCUGCCCCACUCCCAUCAACCCCUAAAAACACUCUUACACUGAGUAUCAAAAAAUGCAAUUGCUUCAUAUACAAUACACCUGAUAUUUCAGGACCAAAAAUGUGAUUGGACCUGAAAUAUCAGUCAUGUAUGGGUAAUUAUGGCUGGUGCCUACUGUAGUGCUGAUGGCAAGGUUGUGAUGGUUCAUUGAAGUUAAAUAUGUAAGAAUAUGAGGGGAAUAUUCAUCAUUUUUAAAAUAAGAAUGGAAAAUGCUACUAUGUUACUGUAUCUGUUUUUGUCUUCUCUGAUGAAAUAUUUAUUAAACUGUUUUGCAGGACAUGUAGGUAAGUUGAAUAUUUUCAGCAUAGACAGAAUUAGAAACAUUUUGAAAGUCUGGGCUUGUAAGUAAAAAUAACUGCACCUUUUAUCUGUAAGGGUAUCUAUUUGUCUUUGUAUGAACUAUACGGCCAUGGAUAUUAUAUUAUGUAGACGAUUUUUUAUUGAGAUAUUGGCUUUAUAUUAUCAUAAUGCUAUAUAUUUUAUGUCAAAUGUAUUAUAAUUUUUCAUUAAAGAUGUACUGUGAAGACUUAAUACCUGCUUUCUAUUUACUUCUUAAAUAUUGAUGCUUGUAUAAAAGCAAUAAGGCCUACAGUCAUAUAAAAUAACUGGUGCUCUUGUCUUCAUGUACCUCGCAGAGGAAGCCUGGUAGCAUGACUUCAUUAAACGGUCUGCUGACCACUUGGUCAGAGUGGACCUCAAAGUCCUUUUUUCGAAUUUUUGCAAUUUUUUAUUUAUUCAGUGAACAUUAUGAAAUUUUGUCUAUGACGGUAGACCUUAUAGUUUACACUAUUGUUGCAAAGUGGGCUCUAUGGUGUAGCCUACACCGUUGCAAAUCCUUUUUGCAAAAAAUUGCCAAACCCACCAAUUGUCAAAUUUGUUUUCCAUGUAACCACAACAAGGGACUACAGAGCAAUGGCGUCAGCUUGUCAAUGUCUUUUGAGCUAGGAACAACCACAAUUAUAAAAGAAAACGGCUUGCUAUUCGAGAUUGAUUUUAUUUU